AAAAUCUCUCUUGCUCUGGAUGGAGUUGUCUGUGUGUUUAUUGACUUGGUUCCGGGAACGGCGGUGACUUUUCCAUCUCCUGUGUGCAUGAUUUCUGUGAGGGCUCUGGAGCAGUGGCCAGCCCUUGCAGCUGCCGUAUCUCCAGUCCUAACAUUGUUAGUCUGACAGGCCCAUUGGAUAUGUAGGUGCAUGUAGUUUUAUCUUGUGCAUGAAAGCGAGGUCUGUGGCUGGGCACAAAACAUCACUGAAGGUGAUGUAGGAGGGAGCACAUUGACUCGACAGCAUUGUUAGCCAUACCCCAGCAGUGCUGUGCCAACUGGCUGAAGCCCCUGACUCUUGUAAUGAGAUGUGCAUGUCUCCAUUCUCAUGGUGUUCUGGGGAGCUCCCCUCUUAACGAUUGCAGCUGGGGAGUGCUGCAGGAUAGCCCACACGUUUGCAAGGGCAUUCCCAAUGAUGCUAUUCAUCCCUUCAAAACCCAGCAAGGUGCCAUCAGCAGAAAGACUGUUUUCCACCUGUGCACGCUGCAUGCUGAUCUCCUGUUUCAUGUCCAUUCUGAUAUACACUGACCGAGCUGAUGGGGUUCAUUUAGCUGGGAUGAGGGCUGGGAUGAGUCUUACAGAUGCCCUGCAUCUCCACCCUGCAGUUUUUUCACAGCGUAGGCACAUUUGCUGUCUCUCAUCUAUCUUUGGGUCAGUCGCUUUGGGCCCAUGACUCCUGCUCUUCCAGGAAACAAGGGUGGAGGGUAAUCUCUUUAAGACCCAAGAUGGGUCCCUGACUUCAAGAGCAGGCAGCAUUUGUGCUUCCUAGUUUUGACACUCUUUACCUUCAGUCAGGCCAUCAGUGCUGUUCUUCUUCCAAGUUGAUCUUUGCACAUCCCCAAGGCUGAGAAAGGGAGAAGGCAGUGAAGCACCUCUGCCCAGGUCAAAGGUGUCACUGGCAAGGGAAAAGGCUUGGUGGUUUCAGCUUUCCCCCACAUGGGAUGGAUAGGUAUUAUCUGACCAGUGUUUGGGUCUAGGAUCUGGAAAAUGUGGUAUACGUGCACGGUGGUACCUGCAUCUGUGUUUUGUUUGUGGUGUUUACCGUGGUACAUUUCCAUGGUCAGCAGUAAACCUUCCCACAGCAUGGGGAUGCAGGAAAGUAUCAUUGCCUCCACAGAGGGGAAACUGCAGGCUGGAAUGGCUUUGGGGUUUCCUGGAGGUCCCAGAGCAUACAUGGUGGCAGAAAACCAGACUUACUGAGUUACAGAUGGAUCAUGCCAGUGUGGGACACAUCAGAAUACUCUUUCCCUAGACAAAGCAGGGCGUCCGCCCCUCCGUGCAGUGCUCUGUGCUUAUCUGCCUGCCCCUCUGGCAGCUGAACCCCUGAAAUGACAUUUGAAGGCUUUACAUUUAUUCUCUCCUGCUAGUUCCAGAUCGGAUUUGCUGAGUUGUCAGGCAGAAGAUGCUUUUCUCCUAAGUGCUGGCCCUGCAACAGCUCCCUCUGCUCCAUCCCUCCUUGCAGCAGAGCAGCUGGGCUCCUUCUGCCUCCGCCGUCACCAGCAGAGAUGUGUGGGGGCUGGAGCCACAGCUUUGCCAGUGGGUGCAGGAAGAGAAACAGAUUUCAUCUUCCUUCUUCCCCUCUUGUUUGGGCCAUGCUGGGUUCUGCCGGCAGUGGCUGUUGAAAGGUGACAUACAGGGAAAGAGAUGUUGGGGUGGAGAAGGUGAGGGUACUCAGUGCAAUCACAUCCUCCUGGAGCUGGCUGAUGCGUCUGACCUAUAUGUGUGCACUGAGCUGGUGGGUUCUCCGCGCACAGCCCAGCCUGCAGAUAACCAGGACAAGUGACACUAACAAGCAGCUUGCCCGCCAGCUCUCUACGAGGAAGGCGAGUGCUUGUCCAUGCGUGGCGAAUAAAUUGUGCCUUUGUCCCCGGAGGCUGUCACUCUGACACUUCGCCGUGCUCUGCUGGCAGAGAGCAGCACUGGGAGCUUGCCUCGGCAAGCAGAGCAGAGACAUGUGUCCCAGCUGGAAGAGAGAAAUGAGAAACCUCCCUGAGAAGGCAUUUGCAAGUGGCAGUGUGACCGUGCAUGCUGGUGGGGUCCUUGCACGAGAAGUGGACAGCCGUGUCCCUGUGCUGGAGCAGAGCUGGGAGCAGCCUGCUGUGUGCUGGUCCUUGAGCACUGCCGAGGACUUUGUGCACUGUGGUCGCAAGCAGUAACAGCAAGGCUGGCAGCUCAGCGGGUGCUGUGUAACUGAGUACAGCAGUGAUGCUUUGAUCCCAGCACACAGGUAGGAUGCCCUGCAGCUGCUGCACAAACAGAGCCCAUGCUCAAGGGCAGAGCCAGCAGAGUGGGUGCAGAGAGGCUGUGACAUAGGCGAUUUCAUUGUUGGCUGCAACAAGCAGCACACCCGAGGUUGCUGCUGUCACCCAGGCUGGGAGAUGGAGGAAUUUAAUUAUCCUUCUAACUUCUUCCAGAAGGGGCUUGGAUGCCAUAGCAGCAGACAGCUUUCUGAAACUGAGAGUACAGGGGGAGAGAAAGACAAAGCACCCUCCUUUGCUGAGUCCUGGCCAUUCACCCUUCUAGUCAGCCCAGCCCAGACAGCAUGAAUGGGCUUUGGAGGCACGGUGGGCAAAGGGCAUGGCCAUGUCAGUGACACCUCCUCCCCUCUGCAGGAUGUGAUCUGCUGGAGGUAGAAAUCUGUAGGGCUCUGCUUCACAGCCCUGCUGCAUGCUGUCCCUCCUCAAUUGCUGCGUGGACAUUAAUUUUUCCCAGAUUUCUGCUUCCCUUUGAAUAUCUCUGCUGUGGAUCAUUUUCCUUGCAUGUGUUAGCUGGUAUUUUCCCAGAGCUGAGUCCUGAGCUAUUUCCUGCCUGUCUUUCUGUGAUUUCUCAUGCUCCCUCUUCUGUUGCGCCUGCACCCACCUUGGCACGUGCCAUUGUCACUGGGUAUGGAGGUAAUCUCUUGCUCUUCUCAUUCAAAAAGCCUGCAGGAGGGGAUGGACUGCCCAUUACAAAGAUUGCAAAUCCUACUUGGCUCUUGCUUACACUUCCCCAGCUGGAGCAAAGUGGCUCAAGUCCUGUGGUAGCCACAGUGGGAGAACAAAUCUGAAGUUUUGGGGUGGGGAGAGCUUUGGGGAGAGGGGGAAGAGGGUGCUGCAGGGCAGGUGCAGGCUGGAGCUUGAGGAUGUGGUGUGAAGGGACAAACAGGGAGCUGCUGCCCUGAGGGUCUGCAGGAGGCAGUGAGAGGAUGUAGGGGCUGUGGGGUGUCCUCUUUGUAGUGCUGUGGGUUUUGUGCUUGGAAGCACCUCUGUGAACUCCUUUCUUCCCUCCUUGCCUUGUACGCUUCAGCAGAGUACCAGGACAAUGCUGCUUUUCCCAAAGCCUGCUGAGGAUCCCCACCUCGUGCUGCACGCUCAGGAGCCAGACAGCAGCUUAAAGACUAAAUAUAUCUGCUGCUGCAGCUCUUGGCUCCUAUAAAAAUAAAUCUUACCGAGGUAACUUUGUGCCGUGCAGUUCUCAGAGCUUGCUUUGCUGUGGUUUCCACUGAGAUAGCAUUUGGCUAACACAGCCAAACAUGAGCAGAACAAGCCUGGAGCUGUAUAGAAAGUGAUAAGAUAAGGCAGGGCUAUGAUUUGCCUGUCUGAUCCUGAAGCUUUGUGCAUUAUUUAGUGUGUGUAGUGAGAGGUCAGUAGCCUCCUGAUAAUUUUCAUUAGAUUAGUCAGGCAGGGUAAUCACCUGCUCAGAAAAACCAACUUGACACUGUCUGUUCAAUAGUUGGGGUUUAACUGAAAAUAAAUAGCCUUGUAAUUAUAAGGACACUGCCAAGGUCAAAAGGCUCAAAGAUUCUCUUUCUUUUCUCCCUCUGAUAUGUUUACAGAGAUCUUGCUAUUCUUUGUGAGGUUUUUUUUUUUUUUCUUUUUUUUUUUUUCCUCCCUUAAAUUCAAAUCAAAAGCUUCAGAGCUCUUAAAGGAAAUUCAACACUUCCAUGGCAGUGGACGUGAGUGGUGUUGCAAUAGCCAAAUGAUGCCUCUGACCCCAUGCUAAUGAGCGGGGCACUCAUUAGUGCACUGGAGUGUGUGCUGCCCGCCCAUGCAGGGCAGGGAUGCACUUCCCUCCUCAUCUGUGCUAAUUCUGGGAUGGAUCCAGCCUGCAAAAUCUGGCUGCAGGUUGCUCCCUGCUUAUGUGGCAGAGUUCAUCCCUCUUUGGGUGAGGUCAGCCCAACCCAAGUGCUGUCCUGUUGAAGUUGUGCAUUAGAUCCUGGGGUUGACUGCUGCUGUAGUUGGCUGCUGCUCUCUUUCAGAGAGCCCAGGGAGAAAGAGUGGAAGUGAUGCUGAGCCUGCUCAGCUUUAAUCAAUACCAAUGGGCUCUGCAAAGGGGUUCAUCUAUUGUAGCAAAUGGGAUAUUAAAGCUGGGCUCAGUGUGCGUGCACUGCUGAAAUCCUUGCCCUUUUCCAGCUUCAGGUGGUUGUGCUUGCUAUUUAUCUUCCUCAAUUGCAUGUGAAAACUAACGUCUGGAGGGAUCUUUGUAAUCUUGUCCUUUUUACAGGACUGAUGCUUUCUGGAUGAGUGCGGGCCAGAUGCUGGUGCUCCAGGUAUGUUCAGAGCUGCUGGUGCCAGAAGUGGUGGAGAGGUUGUUGUGUUCCAGCAGUGCACUGUGACCUGGGCAACCUUGCUUUGCCCAGCAGUUGGGUGAAGCAAGCUGUGAUGCUUUCUGUCCUGAGCUCUGCUGUGAGCCAGGAGUGUUGCUGCCUGCUUCAAACCUGAGCACCUACAUGUCACAAAAGGCAGUGUUUGCAUGCUGAUGUCAUCACAAAGCUGUGCUUCCUUGCUUUGGUGAGCUCCCAGCACAGUCGGAUGAGUUAGCACAUUCAGCCCCCAAGGAUCCUGGAUUUUGUUUUAUUUCCUCCAUCCCGAUGGACGCUUUGAUGGAUGCCUCAGGGAUAAGGAGGGCAGGGCAGGGACCGAUGUGCCAAAUGACGGAUGGUGCGGUCUGAAACUCCCAGAUCCGAGCGACGGGGUUCAGCCGAUCGUGAGCAACCAGAAGAAUCCCAGAGACUUUGAUGAUAAAUAGGGGACGCCCCCAGGAUUCAGGACCGGUGGAGAGAUGGCCAAUCCUGUCCCGUCAGCCUGCUGCGUGGUGCUCGCCGUGGUGGUGGUGGUGUAUGCUCAGAGGCACAGCCAGCAGGACAGCCACAUCCAGUAUGAGCGGGUAGGUGCCGACGUGACCAUGAAGUGCGGCUCCAUGGACUGGGAUGCAGCCGUGACCUGGACAGCCAAUGGCACUGACAUUGAUGACUCCCACCUGAACGGGUCCUACCUGAUCCUGAAGAAAGUGGACCUGACACAGAGCGGCCAGUACUCGUGCUACGAGGGCUCCUCCUGGCACCUCAAGUACCAGACCUACCUUAGGGUGGGAGUCCCCCCGAAAGAGCCAGUGCUGAUGUGUCGGUCCAACAACUACCCAAAGGGUUUCUACUGCAGCUGGCACCUGCCCAGCCCCACCUACAUCCCCAACUCCUUCAACAUCUCUGUUAUACAUGGCACGAGGGAGAUGGUCUGCGAGAAGGACAUCUUCCCCAAAAACAGAUGUCACAUCAGAUACCUCCAGCUCUUCUCAACAGUGAAGUACAAGGUGACUCUGACCGUCACGAAUGCUCUGGGCAAAAACUCCACCACUCUCACCUUUGACGAGUUCGCCAUAGUAAAGCCGGAUCCUCCAGAGAGUGUGGUGGCCAAGCCUGUACCCAAUAACCCCCGGCGACUGGAAGUGUCAUGGCAGAACCCCUCAUCCUGGCCCGACCCCGAGUCCUUCCCACUCAAGUUCUUCUUGCGCUAUCGGCCCCUCAUCCUGGACCAGUGGCAGCACGUAGAGCUGUCGGAUGGGACGUCACACACCAUCACAGAUGCCUAUGCUGGCAAGGAGUACAUCAUCCAGGUGGCCGCCAAAGACAAUGACAUCGGCACGUGGAGCGACUGGAGCGUGGCUGUGCAUGCCACCCCCUGGACAGAGGAGCCCAAGCAGCUCACCACGGAGGUUCAGAUCACAGGUGAGACCCUCACCCAGCACAAACACCCUGCACUCAGGGGUCCUGGAGUGAUUGCACAGGCAAACGUGUCCAAAAGCAGAUGGAUCCGCUAA